AUGGAAACUCAUGCACCUGACUUUCCUCUAGCUUCCUCACACCCAAGUCUGAGCAGACAGAAGGCAGCAACAUCAUCAAGAGACUCCUUUUCAGCAUGCAACAGCAAAUACCUCACUGUUCCUCAAAACCAUCCUUCGUUGCACAGCUGCAGUAUCAAUGGAUCUUUUGAAGCACCUAACCAUAUGGAGUCCUACAGCAGUUCUAUUAUAAACAAUUACCUGGAUGGGACCCAAAGAGGGGCUGUGGACUCUGUGAGUGGCAUGCACUUCAGGGGCAGCAAGAGAAAGGUUGACUAUGUUUUAGCCUACCACUACCGAAAACGCCUUGCCCAUCACCAGCAAGGGACCAGCUCACCAGAGCCAAUGAACAGAGCAGACUCCAUGGCUGUUUUUUCAAAUGGAGAGACCAGGAAGGGUCACCUUGAGCUGCAGCCAGACAGUGGCCAGCACAUCCCGCAGGAGCCGCUGGGGGCUCAGGUGAUUGAGCUGGGCCCACUGGAUGCACUGGAGGAAGAGAAGCAGCUGCAGAGGGAGGAGUAUGAACGCAACCUGGUGGCAGCAGGGCUAGAGAUUGAGAAAGAUGCUGAGAAUAAGAGCCAAGGAUUGAGCUUUGUCCGUAUCCAUGCACCUUGGCAAGUACUUAGCCGAGAAGCAGAGCUCCAUAAAAUAAAAAUGCCUACUAAAAAGAUGUAUGAAAUCAAAGAAGAAGGAGGAAUUCUCAAAAAGUUAAAUGAAAUAUGGUGCAAAUUGACUGAACCUCUGCAACCCCAGGUGCCACAAGAAAAUACCAAGAUGAAAAGCCUGUCUUACCCAUUUUCCAGAGAGAAAAUGUAUUUGUAUAACAUUAGAGACAAAGACACAUUUUUUGACAAUGCUACCCGCAGCCGAAUAGUACGCGAAAUUUUGAAGCGCACAUCUACAAAGGCCAGAAACAGCAUGGGUAUUAGCACAUUAAUAGCAAACAAUGUUUAUGAUGCAGCAUACCCACUUCAUGAUGGUGAAUAUGAAGGCCAAAAUGAUGACAUGAAUGAAAGAAAGUUGCUGUAUCAAGAAUGGGCAAGAUAUGGAGUAUUUUACAAGUUUCAGCCUAUUGACCUCAUAAGGAAGUAUUUUGGAGAAAAGAUAGGACUUUAUUUUGCAUGGCUGGGCUUAUACACAGAAUUCCUCAUUCCGUCUUCAGUAGUUGGGAUUUUUGUAUUUCUUUACGGAUGUAUAACCAUAGAGAGUGACAUUCCUAGUAAAGAAAUGUGUGACCAACGUAAUGCCUUCACCAUGUGCCCUCUGUGUGACAAGUUCUGUGAUUACUGGAAUCUCAGCUCUGCAUGUGCUACAGCUCGAGCUAGCCACUUAUUUGACAACCCUGCCACAGUCUUCUUCUCCAUCUUCAUGGCUCUCUGGGCUACUAUGUUCCUUGAACAGUGGAAGCGUUUACAGAUGAGACUGAGUUACUUCUGGGAUCUAACUGGACUGGAGGAAGAAGAGGAGCAUCCCAGACCAGAGUAUGAAACCAAAUUGCUACAGAAAAGGCUGAAAAAUAAAAGCUCGACAACGGAAGAUCCAAAUGAAAGUAGAACUACAGAUUGUAAUGAGGAGGAUGAAAAGGACAAGUUGACUUGGAAUGACCGUAUACCUGGAUAUGCAACAAACUGUGGACUGAUUUUAUUCAUGAUUAUGCUGACAUUUUCAGCAGUGUUUGGUGUGAUCGUAUACCGAAUUACUACAGCAGCAGCUUUGUCAUUCAGCACAAAUGAGACAAAGAGGUCAAAUGUUCGAGUGACAGUGACCGCAACUGCUGUCAUCAUUAACCUCAUUGUGAUACUUAUACUUGAUGAAAUUUAUGGAGCUGUUGCCAAAUGGCUGACAGAAAUUGAGGUACCAAAAACAGAGAAAGCCUUUGAGGAGAGAUUGAUUUUGAAGGCAUUCCUAUUGAAGUUUGUGAAUUCAUAUGCACCAAUUUUUUAUGUUGCCUUUUUUAAAGGAAGAUUUGUCGGCCGUCCUGGUCAUUAUGUAUAUGUGUUUGAUGGUUAUCGAAUGGAAGAGUGUGCACCAGGAGGCUGUUUGAUGGAACUCUGUAUUCAGCUGAGCAUCAUUAUGCUUGGAAAACAACUGAUUCAAAACAAUCUGUUUGAAAUUGGAAUCCCGAAAUUAAAGAAGCUCUUCAGGAAGCUGAAGGAUGGAAGAACUGAACCAAAGGAAAUGAACACCAACCAGUCAAAGGACCCUCAGCAAUGGGAUCUUGACUACAGCUUGGAACCUUUCACUGGAUUGACUCCAGAAUACAUGGAAAUGAUUAUCCAGUUUGGCUUUGUCACACUCUUUGUUGCCUCCUUCCCUCUGGCACCACUCUUUGCUCUUCUGAACAACAUCAUAGAAGUCCGACUUGAUGCAAAAAAGUUUGUUACUGAACUAAGGAGGCCAGACACAGUAAGAGCAAAAGAUAUAGGAAUUUGGUAUAACAUUUUGAGUGGUAUUGGAAAGCUUUCAGUUAUCAUUAAUGCUUUUGUAAUUGCUGUCACAUCUGAUUUCAUUCCACGCCUUAUGUAUCAAUAUGCAUACAGUCAAAAUGGAACCAUGCAUGGCUUCGUCAAUCACACACUCUCAUACUUCAAUGUCAGUCAUCUCAAGGCUGGAACACAGCCAGAAAACUCCCUAUUUGCACAGGAUGUUUUAUUCUGCAGGUUUAAAGAUUACAGAGAACCACCUUGGUCCCCAAAUCAGUAUGAGUUUUCUAAACAGUACUGGGCGGUCUUAUCUGCUCGCCUGGCUUUUGUUAUUCUGUUUCAGAACUUAGUGAUGUUCCUCAGUGUUCUGGUUGACUGGAUGAUACCUGACAUCCCCAAGGACAUCAGCGAACAGAUCAAAAAGGAGAAAAGUGUGCUAGUUGACUUUUUCUUGAAGGAAGAACAUGAAAAACUGAAACUGAUUGAAAGCUUUAUCACACGUGACAAGCAUAAACACAGAAGUGGGACCAAAGACCAAAGAAGCCGAGCUGCCAGCUUCUGUCAGUUUAACCAAAGUCAGAAAGGCAGCGUUGCCUCCUUUAGCUCACAGCAUACAGAAGUGUGA